UUCUCAGAACAGUAUAGCUAACGACUUUCAACGUGAUAUAAUUCCAAUUCAAUUGACGACUUCAAAAGCAAAAUCAAUGUAACAAGCUUAAACGACCUAAACAUUAUUCAGUUGAAACGUAUCAGGAAACUCUGUCAGUUAUCGCUGUCAACAAAAGUAUUAACAUGGCAUUGCAAAAGAUUUUAUACAUCGUGCGAUAUGUGUUUAUAUUCUCUACAAGUUUUACUAUUGUCAAAUCAGCAGUGGCUCAUCGUCUAAGAAAUAUGAACGAAAAUGGUAAAGAUCUUACCAGUAAAGAUACUGACAUGUUUAUCACACUGAAAUCAGCUGAUUCUAUGGACGUUCACACCAUAAACCACAAUAUUCAUGCUGUACCUGUCCAUCAUUUUGCUAGGCACAGGCUUUGUAGGCACGAGGAGGGCAGGAAAUACUUCUACAGAGCAAUAAACUCAAAGUUAUGCGAAAUAACAGGGAUGUUUGCCGCAAAUCUUGUAGAACACCUGUGCAGACUUCGGGGCUCUUUCUUGGACAAAUGGGUCUCGGAAUUAUUUGACAUGGACGGUGAUGGCAUGGUGACCCAUUUCGAAAAGCGAUAUUAUGACGAGUUAAACACCUGAAUAUUGAAAAAGGUUCAACAUGCCAUGUUUAUUUCAGCAGAAUCUUAGAGCAAGAAAAUACGUUUUGCAGCUAGGAUGCGGACGUUGCAAGAUAAUGUCAGCUGAACGAUGACAUCUAACGUGCGUUAUAAGUCUGAUAUGAUAUAUAUCACUAAACAAUUGUAGCAUAUAUAUAUUCAGUGCAAAGUGAAGUUUGUUGCUGGUCAAUAUUUUUUACUUUUGUGAUAUUUCAACCUUAAUAAAUUACCAAAUUAUAUGAUAUCGUAUACCAAUAUCAGUAACAUUUGCGUUAGUGUUCGCCUUUACUCUUUGCACUGUUCACGUUGUGCGAUUACUAAUUUCAUCUCUUCUAGACAUUCAUUACAUCAUUUGUAAGCAUACUUUUUAAUGCUUCCAGUAUAUUCAUUUCAAUAUGUAACAUACAUAUUCUGUAGUUAUAUAGUAUGAAUGAAUGUAUGAAUGUUUAUAUAUUGAUUCUUAUAAAGGUCAUUUCCUUGUCUUAGGACUGAGGAAAACAUCUACGCUUGUCUAUACAAAGAACUUUUUCUAUUUUGUACAAAAAUGAUCAUCUGAUGCAAUGAGUAGUUUAUAUAUUGUAUUGUGUUUUAUUGGAUUGUAUUGAAUUACAUUGAGCCGUAUCAUAUCGUAUCGUAUCGUAUAUAACGUAGUUUCGUAUUGUAUUGUAUCGUCUUUUAUUUUAACUUACUUCCGUCCAAACGAAUGUGAACAUUAUUAAUUUUGCUGUGAUAUUUUAUAAUUUUGCUUGUUUUCAAGUAAAAAGUUUAAAAAUUUGAAUCAAAUAUUUACUUCAUAUGCAUUAAUGUUGUUUGAUAAAUAAAUUAACUUAGGUACAUAUUACAAUACAACAUCAUAUCAAGUGUGGAACUUGAUGUUUUAAAAGUUUGAAUAUCAAUUGUAAAAAGAUGUUUAAUCAGAAAACAAUUAAUCUUCAAAAAGAUCCUUGAAGGUAAUGAAAGAAAAACUUAAGACAUAAUCAGUUUGGCUGAGUCUACUCGUAGUAGGUAAUGACAUGUGCAACUCCCCGAAUACAUUUUAAGACAGAAUUGUAGGAAUGCUUUGAUUCCGAAAGAACAGGGAAAAAACAAAAUACAUUAAUAAUACCUACCUGAAAUUGUUUUGAAAAUUAUAGCAUGCACACAGAAGACUGUCUCUUUAGUUCUCAGGUAAAUUUAGUUUCAUUGUUAACUUCAUGAUGAAUUUUUCUACAUACAUUAUUAUAAAAUGAUGGCACGAGACCAGUUACCUCCAUAUUAAAUGUAUGUGGUUAAUAAACAGUUAAAGAAUGCAUUUUCUGAAAUUUCGAAGGUCUCGAAGUGUUGUAAAAUGCAUUUUCAUUGCUGACAUUACGUAAAACUAUGUUAUUCAGUCAAAAUAUGUUGGGUAAUAAAUAAUAAUAUUUAUGUCGUAACAGUACGUGACGUGUUUAAAAUAUCAUGAACGUUAAUCAUCGACACAGUUUAUGUAACAGGUUUUCAUUAAUCAUUUUGCAUAAUAGGUAAGUCAUUAAGUUAGUCUUCUCGUUCAAGAUACGACAGCGUAUUCGUCUUCUUUAUCAGAAGAAAUGUCUAACACUUGCAAAAGCUGCUACAUGUUUUCUUCGGUUUUGUUUCUAAUAGUUUGUGUUUCCAGUGAUUAUACCAUUCAAUACAUAUUAUUUAAAAUGCUUCGAUGUGUUUGUUUUCUUCAUUAAAGGAGAUAUCUAAUAUGUGUAUUUGUUGCAACUGUAUCAACUCUAAAAUACCUAGUAAAGUCUAUUUUGAUAUCACUCGAAAUUGUAGCUAAAGUAAUAUUGAAUUAACAUAAUUGUAAAAAUAAGAACAAUAUAAUUAUAUAUAUUUGAAAGUAUUUUGGAAUAUAGUUGGAAUGAGUUAAUCGGUGCGAAGUAGACUUAAUAAUAGGGUAUAUAAAUAUACAUCUAGCGGACACUGGCAUAAAAUGUGCAUUUUCGCGUUUAUAUCUAAAUUUGUGCAUUGCUGUGAAUUUCUUUGGAAACACAAGGAGAGAUUUUAUUUUCAUUGGUAUGCGAAAAUUUAACAAACUGACCGAUACAGUCUAUUUCACAUGCACAUCAAGUAUGACACUAUCAAACUCUUUUACUUAAAAUUUUAGUUGCAAUUUCGAGUACCUGUAAUUAAUUGAUACCCGUUUGUGCAUACAGGCAAGGUUAAUUUUUUAUAUUAUUCUAAUAACAUUUUUAUUAAUCUAUAUUAUUAUUCCUAUCCAAUGGUAUAGAGAAAGUCACAGACUACUAUGAACUCGUUGGCGAGCUACUGAUAUGUAUUUACCUCCACCUCCAGUGAAAUCAUAACCCAUUUCGCGUCAUGAAAACAGUGUUUUACUUGUACUCGUCGACUCGGUGCGAGAAGAAUUCUGUAAAACACACAUGAACAUGUAUUUUUAUUAGGUUAAACGUCGCACCGACACAGGUUUAGGUCAUUUGGCGACUUCCAGCUUGGUGAAGGAAGACCCCAUGUGCCCCUCCAAGUAUUAUUUCUCACGGGCGGGCACCUGGGUAGAAUCACCCACCUUCCGUAAGCCAGAUGGAUAGCUUCCACACAUGAAAAAUUCAACACCCCCGAGUGAGGCUCGAACCCACAUCGGUAAGGGGCAAGUGAUUUGAUGCCAGAGACCAUAACCACUCGGUCACAG